ACAACCAUACAGCAUCACAAUGGCGAAAUCAACAGCUGUGACUAAGAAGAUCGAGAAGGCGACCGAGGCGCCCCUCACUACAAAACCCGCGAAUGGCACACCCUACCAGCUGGACCCGGCGCAAGUCGAGCGCGCGGCGAAAGCGCUCGUUGCGCACAUGAAGAAGCAUGUGGAAGAGAAGCAGGAGAAAGCACCAACAAAGAGCUUGGCUGCUGAUGAGGAUGAUGCUGAGGAGGUUGAUGAGCCCAUCUUUCUCAGUCUUUCGACAAAAAAGCAGAUUGCCAAUACGAAGAGCAUGAAGCCUGUCGCCAUCAAGCUCCCUCACCCUAUCAUUGCCAGCGACGUUCGGGUGUGCAUUUUCACCAAAGACCCGCAAAGAGCAUACAAGGAUCUCGUAGCAUCCGAUGCCUUCCCUGCCGCACUCCGCGCAAAGGUACAGCGCGUCCUCGGCGUAGAAAAGCUCAAGAAGCGAUACAAGGCAUUUGAACAGAAGCGUGCACUGCUUGCAGAGUAUGAUGUCUUCUUGGUCGACGAUCGUGUUAUCAAGAUUGUGGCAGAGUUUUUGGGCAAGGUUUUCUACAAAAGCAAGUCGAAGCGGCCAAUUCCUAUCCGCCUCACCGCUGGCGCACACAUCGACAAGAGCGCAAAGAAGGAUUCCAAGGAAUCAAAGGAUGUGGUAGGAACACCUCAGGGUGUAGCAAAAGAAAUCGAAUUCGCUCUGAACUCGACUUACCUGAGCAUGAGCCCAUCGGCGAACACCUCGAUCAAGGUCGCCAACCUCUCCAUGACGCCACAACAAAUUGCCGAGAACACCGCCGCGGUGGUAUCUGAGGUUGUGAGCAAGCACGUCGGUCAGGGUUGGCGCAACAUCCGUGGUCUCCAUGUCAAGGGCCCAGCGACAAAAGCACUGCCCAUCUGGCUUGCCGAAGAGCUGUGGGUGGAGGACAGCCAGGUUCGGGACGGACCAUACCAAGGCACAAUCACAGAGGGCACUGCCAAAGGAAAGUCGGCAGAACGCAAGCGAAAGUGGGACGAGUGGGAAGAGGAGCUGUUGGACGACGACGUGUUUGCGGCGAAACAAGCCAGGAGGGAGGCCAAGAAAAACAAGAAGUCUGAGAAGAAGAGCUCAAUCAGUAAAGAGAAGAGGAAGGCGUUGAAGCAAGACGUGCUCAAGUCGGUACAGACGCCUCUGAUUGCUAGUUAAGUUGUGUUCUAAGCAUCGCUGCAUGAUACGGCGCAUCUGGUGUUGGCGUUCAGGAGUCCAAAAGAUGAACAUUUAUGUAAUGGUAUAACUUGGGCGCUCCUGAACAAAGAUGGAAUGGUUCCGCCCAAGUGAAGAGAAAAACAGUUGUGUGGCAAUCAAUACAGGCAAUGCAAAAGUAAGGACGUCUGUAGUCAAAGUGAAGCUGU